CAGCAUGAAGUCUCAGCAGAAAUGCAUAGUGAUCUUUGCCCUGGUGUGCUGCUUCGCCGUGCUGGUGGCCCUGAUAUUCUCAGCGGUGGACGUGUGGGGAGAAGACGAGGACGGCAUCACCGAGGAGAACUGUAGCAAGACCUGCCGAAUGAUUAUUGUGGAGAAUAUUCCAGAAGAUGUAUCUCUGCCUCACAAUGGAACCACCUCGCUCACCACUGGACUACACAGCCUGUUGGACCUUGCACGGCGAUACGUGGAGAUCGUUUCACCCCACUGGACACUGAACUCCACUGACCACGAGGCCAGAAUCCCUACAGCAAAGCAGGGCCGGUUAUUACUCCUUAGAUUGAUGAACCUCAAGUCCCAAAAAGUCAAUCUGAAAGUGGUCAGUGGUUUGACAGAGUCCAAAGAGCUUAAGAUCCUUUCUCGUCAUGGUGCAGAUAUUCAUUACAUAAAUACGACAAUCCUGAUCAAUGGCCAGAUGCUCUCAUCCUUCUGGGUGGUGGACAACAAGCACGUGUACAUCGGAAGUGCCGGCAUGGACUGGAGAGCGCUGUCUACGUUGAAGGAGUUGGGCGUCAUUCUCUAUGACUGCAGCUGCCUGGCUCUGGAUCUGCGCAGGCUGUUUAGCCUCUAUCGGCAGCUACAGUACAAAGACUUCAUUCCCUCCAUCUGGUCCAAAAGGGUCUACGGACUAUACAACAAGAAAAGACCCCUCCAACUCGUUCUGAAUGACAUGAAUGCAGAGGGCUACCCAUCUAAUUCUCCAGAUGACUUCUGUCCCAAAGACCGAGUCCGGGACAUUGAUGCCAUCUUUAAUGUGAUUGAGGAUGCAAAUAAGUUCAUCUACAUCUCAGUCACUGACUACCUGCCUCUCGUCGGCAAUGGGCUGAACAGAUACUGGUCGGCGAUUGACGGGAAGCUACGUGAAGCUUUGCUACUGAGGAACAUCAAAGUGCGUCUGCUUGUGAGCUGCUGGGAGCAGACGCACCCCCUGACUUUUAAUUUCAUGUGGUCUCUGAAGAGCCUGUGCAUGGACAUGGCCAACUGCUCUCUGGAGGCGAAGUUCUUCAGUCCUCGGGAACAGCUAGAUGGCAUGAUCGAGGGAAUCAACCACAACAGAUAUAUGGUCACGGAUAAUGCUCUAUACAUAGGGAAUUUUGGCUGGGUGGGAAAUGAGUUUGUGUACAAUGCCGGCGCCGGGCUGGUGAUCUCCCAGGAGAAGAAGGAUCCGGAGGACCAAAACAUCACCAUGGUGCAGCAGAUGAGUGCAGUGUUUGAAAGAGACUGGAACUCUCGCUACGCUAAAACUCUGCAGCUCAACAAGAUCCCCGUCUGCAACAAGCACACAGUCCUUCCUCAGUCACUCAAGGCAUGGGACGAGAGCGUUGACAACACAGACAACCCAAAUGCCUCUUUGUGAGUAGAGACCAGCAGGGCGAGAGGAAUGUAUACGGAUACAACUUUUUAACCUGUAAAUGUUGCACAGACUCUUUUAUCAGUGCCACUUCUGACACAUGCUGCUUACAUUGUGCACUUUUAAGUGGGAAGAAUUAACAGUCUUCUAUAGACCCUUUCAAUCUGUUCCUAGAGAGUUUCCGGUUUAAACGUUCAAAACCAACGCAGACUUUAGACUUUAGCGUAAUGCAACUUUAAAAAAAUGUAAACUUUAAAACUUUUUUUUGUCACCAAGUAACAGUAAGCUCAAUUUUUUUGUGUGUGACACCGGAAAUGCCUUAGGAACACACAUGUAUGUUUCUGCAGCUGAAAGGGUCUAUUAGCUGCAGUGUUUUAUUGCACAGUUUUUUUUAUUUUAUUUCUAUUUUCGACCAAAGCCUGCCUUUCUGUUUCAACCAGGGGGAUCAGCACGUGUUUGUAUUAUACAGUUUGUCUGGACACUAUAUGGGUCAAGCCAUGGCCACACAGGGGGC